AGAAACCUCUUUUAAAAGGUUUUAAAAGGACAGUUCUAGAAUGAGUGCAACAUUUCUAGUCCUCCCUAGUUUAUUCCUGGCUCCUCCUUCCUUCCUUCCUGUAGCUUCUCUCGAUCUCUCUCGAACCCUCCGAUCUCGUAUAUAGAUGCUGCUCAUGGAAAUGGAUCGUAUCCAUCUCAGAACAAUCAAAGAUUUGCGAUUCCUACUGAAGAAUUCCGCACGAAUUCGAUCUUUUGAUACCUUGUUGAUCGGUGAGGUUUCUGAAAAUGGCAGGCAAGGCUAUCGGCAUCGACCUAGGCACGACUUACAGCUGCGUGGGAGUUUGGCAGAACGAUCGCGUUGAAAUUAUCCCCAACGAUCAAGGUAAUCGAACUACUCCAUCUUAUGUAGCGUUCACCGACACUGAGAGGCUGAUUGGCGAUGCGGCGAAGAAUCAGGUGGCGAUGAAUCCGCAGAACACUGUGUUCGAUGCGAAGCGUCUCAUCGGUCGCCGGUUUUCGGAUCCUUCUGUCCAGAGCGACAUGAAGCUCUGGCCGUUUAAGGUGAUUCCCGGCGCCGGCGACAAGCCGAUGAUUCAGGUGCAGUAUAAAGGCGAGGAGAAGCUCUUUUCUCCGGAGGAAAUUUCGUCUAUGGUUUUGACGAAGAUGAAGGAAAUUUCGGAAGCUUUCCUAGGGCAAACGAUUAAGAACGCUGUUGUCACUGUUCCUGCGUAUUUCAACGAUUCGCAGCGGCAGGCCACGAAGGACGCCGGUGCAAUUGCAGGCCUCAAUGUUAUGAGGAUCAUCAACGAGCCGACGGCUGCUGCGAUCGCCUACGGAUUGGACAAAAAGGCGUCGAGAUCCGGCGAGAAAAACGUGCUGAUUUUCGAUCUCGGCGGUGGUACUUUCGAUGUUUCAUUGCUGACUAUUGAAGAAGGAAUAUUCGAGGUGAAGGCCACCGCCGGCGACACGCAUUUAGGCGGCGAAGAUUUCGACAACCGCAUGGUGAAUCACUUCGCCGCAGAAUUCAAGAGGAAGCAUAAGAAGGACAUCAGCGGCAACGCCAGAGCGCUCCGGCGGCUGAGAACCGCCUGCGAGAGGGCGAAGAGGACGUUAUCUUCAACUGCUCAGACCACAAUCGAGAUCGAUUCGUUGUACGAAGGUAUCGAUUUCUACGCCACAAUCACACGAGCACGGUUCGAGGAGAUGAACAUGGAUCUGUUCCGGAAAUGUAUGGAUCCAGUAGAGAAAUGCUUGAGAGAUGCUAAAAUCGACAAGAGCUCCGUCCACGACGUUGUCCUCGUCGGAGGAUCCACCAGAAUCCCCAAAGUGCAGCAGCUGUUGCAGGACUUCUUCAACGGCAAGGAUCUCUGCAAAAGCAUCAACCCCGACGAGGCGGUGGCGUACGGCGCCGCCGUACAGGCGGCGAUUCUGAGCGGCGAAGGCAACGAAAAGGUACAGGAUCUCUUACUCCUCGACGUCACGCCGUUAAGCCUCGGCCUGGAGACCGCCGGCGGCGUAAUGACAGUCUUAAUCCCUAGAAACACCACAAUCCCCAGCAAAAAGGAACAGAUCUUCUCUACAUAUUCCGAUAACCAACCCGGCGUGCUGAUCCAAGUCUACGAAGGCGAACGUCCGAUGACCAAGGACAACAAUCUGCUCGGAAAGUUCGAGCUCGCCGGAAUCCCUCCGGCGCCGAGAGGCGUUCCGCAAAUCAACGUGUGCUUCGACAUCGACGCCAACGGCAUACUGAACGUCUCCGCGGAGGACAAGACGGCCGGAGUGAAGAACAAGAUCACGAUCACGAACGACAAGGGGCGGCUGAGCAAGGAGGAGAUCGAUCGGAUGGUGGAGGAGGCGGAGAAGUACAGGGCGGAGGAUGAGGCGGUGAAGAAGAAGGUGGAGGCGAGGAAUGCUCUGGAGAAUUACGCCUACAGUAUGAGGAAUACGGUGAAGGACGAGAAGAUCGCCGGCAAGCUUGGGGCGGCGGAGAAGGAGAAGAUCGAGAAGGCGGUGGACGAGGCGAUGGAAUGGUUGGACAGGAAUCAGCUGGCGGAGGUUGACGAAUUUGAGGAUAAGUUGAAGGAGUUGGAGAACUUUUGCAAUCCGAUCAUUGCUAGGAUGUAUCAGGGUGGCGCCGCCGGGGAUGCGCCGCCGGGUGGCGCCGCCGCACCUGGCGGUGGAGCUGGAGCUGGAGCUGGGCCUAAGAUUGAGGAGGUUGAUUAAAUGGGCUUGACAAGGUGGAUAUUCUUGAUUUAGCUUUGCUGUUUGUGGUGUGCAGAAGGUGUAGUUGGAGUUUUCCUCUGUUACUUUGUCCUCGAUGGGUGAAAAUGUCACUCAAGUGUCUGGUAUGACAAAUAAUCCAUUUCUAGUUACAAGUUUAUAUGAUCCGUUGUAUCUUCAUCUUUCGGAUUAUGCCAACACUUUCUUAAUCUCUUGCGUUUUAACUGGUUGUGAGAAUUUUGUUAUUUGGAACAGAGCCAUGACCAUUGCUCUAACAGGCUGUUGCAUGAGAAGAAAGGUAUUGGCUUUCCCAGGCUCAACAUGGCAGGUUGCUAAUGACAGUCUUUCGAGUGAAUGGGGUGUUAAAAAUUGGGCUUCCACCUCUUGGCCCGUAUUGAGUUCAGGUUAUGGGCUUGGCCCAACUUCUGCUUGUAGGUGAACCCAUAUAUAUAUAUAUAUAUAUACACCUAGUUCUCAAUAUUAGAUUAACCUUUCAUUAUCUCCUCCGUCACUCACUCUAUCAUUCACCUCCGUUCACUGUGCACAUCACCACCGCCUUCAUCAUCAUCCAUACAGAUCCAUUCGCACACAGAGCAUUACAUCACCGCCUUCACCAUCAUCCAUACAGAUCCAUUCACACACAUAGCACUACAUCACUGUGGUUGUUUCACUUCAUUCCGUCUACGCCUCUUUCGCUCUCAAAUUGAUCUCCGCAUCGAUUAUUCCUUUACUUCGCUCUACUGAUUUCUAUCACUAACAUAAUGUUUUAGUUUUUUCUUCGUCUCCUCUCUCUUCCACAGGCACUUGAUUUGGCUUGCUGAGUAUUGGUGUUUUUUACUGGUGUUCGAGGUUCAGAAAUGCAGGCACAAGAAUAUUGUGAUUAACGGUUUUCCAGUUAUACUGGUUAGGUUAUAUUCACCCCUUCUGAUUAUGAAGUGAUUCAGUGCAAUAAUGUUGAUGUUAAAGUGUUCCUGUGUGAACACUGUGCAUGUCCUUAGUUGAUUCAUGCGUAGAGACAUUUGCUCUAUUAGAUCCCUUGUGAUUAAGGCGUGUAACGUUAGAAACUCGCCUCCUCAUUCGUCAGUACAUUUGAUAAUGAAUAUCA